AUGGCCGACAAUGCAGAGUCCUCAGGCGAGCCUCAAGGCCGCCAUGUAAUCUAUUGCGGCGUCUGCACUCUCCCCCCCGAGUACUGCGAAUAUGGAGGCACCGUGAAGAAGUGCCAGGACUGGCUCGAGAAGAACCAGCCUGAGAUGUUUGCGAAAAUCUGGUCUGCAGAGGCCCUCGAACAAGCGACCGCGUCCCUGUCUGUAGACGCCCAGAAGCGAGCUGCGAAGGACGCCCAGAAGAAGGCUGCUAAGGCUGAGGCGGCCGAGGCGAAGCACGCCGACAAGAUUGCCAAGAGCACCGUCAUCAUCAAGAGAAUUGAACGUAACAAGAGGAAGUUCGUUACGUCCGUCUCCGGUCUGGAGCACUUUGGACUCGAAAACAAGAAGGUCGCCAAGGAGUUUGGGAAGAAGUUCGCUACUGGCUCAUCCGUCACCAAGACCCCAAGCGGUGGCGAGGAGAUCGUUGUGCAGGGUGAUGUUAGUGACGAGAUUGAGGAGUUUUUGCUGGAGAAGUACAAGGAGAUACCCGAGGACAAUAUUGAGCUGGUGGAGGACAAGAAGAAGAAGGCAAGCUCGUAG